AUGGAGACUCUCAAGGCGGUAUUCUUUGGGCCCGACCCGCAAGCCCAGAUGAGAAAAUGCAACGCUUUAAUACGCACAAACACACGUCAACUCGACCGCGAUUUAGCCCGUCUCAAAAUCAGCGAUAGCCAAACCCGCCAACACAUCCUCAACGCCUCUAAACGUGCUCAGCGAAACCCAUCUCAGGCCAAACAGGCUACCAAUGAUGCCAAAGUUUUUGCAAGGGAACUUGUGCGGAUCCGGAAACAGACCACUCGGCUUAACACUAGCCGAGCCCAACUACAAAGCGUGGGGAUGCAGGUCAACGAAGCUUUUUCUGCCCGCAAGAUCCAAGGCAGCCUCCAGAAGUCAACGGGGAUUAUGAAGGACGUGAAUACUCUAGUUCGACUACCUCAACUAUCCUCCACCAUGCAUCAACUCUCUUCUGAACUUGUCAGGGCAGGCAUUAUCGAAGAGAUGGUCGAUGAUGCCAUUACAGACCCAUCCAUCUUCGAGGACGAGGAGGAGGAAGCAGAUUCGGAAAUCGAGAAGAUCCUCCAGGAAGUUUUGCAGGGCAAGCUUUCUCAGGCACAGCCUGUUACGGCCCCGCCUGUUCACAAGAUCUCAGAACCGGAAACCUCACAACCCGAGGAGGAGUUCGAAGACCAAGAAGCCACCCUCGAGCAGAUGCGAGGUCGACUGGAAGCUCUCAAGAGCUAG